UACAGUUAGUACUUGUACAUGAUAUUAGAUGUCUUGUACGUGAGGACCAUAUUCUCUAGAGUUAGCUGUUCAGCUUAAUCGGCUCUCUCCUAAGUUUAAUCGAUGAAAUUUGAAUAUAUAAAUUUUAAGUUCGAUUUGAACACCUCUACAAUGGAAAGAGUAGGUGUCCAUAAAUGGUGAGGAAAGGAAAAUGGAGGUGUUCCCGGAUCUGCAAAGAGGGUACACAUUGCCUCGCUGUCUAGCAUGUGAAGGGUUUUAGUGACUUUCCCUUGUCUCUCUCUCUUUCUUUCUUAUUUUCACAUUACAUGUACCUCCUUGAAUGGUAGAGGAACACACCAAGUAGCACUUUGAUUUUACAAAAAAAAAAAUUAGUAGUUCAUAGAAUGAGAUUAUCUUGAAAAUUGAUGAUUUAAGGUAUCUUCACUAUGCGAAUUCAUUAAGGUUUUAGAGUAGAGUCAAAAGACAAAAUCCAGACUGAAAACAAUACCAAAAUGGUGAGAGUAUGGGGGCACAAAACUAGUGUAUGAUUUGGAGUCUUAAUAUUUUUCUCUAUGGUCAUUGUCAAUCCCUUACUUUCUAUCCCUAAUAUGGGGCACAUACACACUUAUAACCUCACCCUGUCACUCUCAACUGAGUUACCAUCACACUUUGUCUUGUUGAUAUAAAAAGGACCCAAUUGCCAUGCACAAGAGGGAAAAACACAUUGAGUUGUAGGAGGGUUUUCUUGUAAGGAAAAAAAAAAAUCAUAUGGAUGACUAUGGGUUGUUUGCCACAGAAUGUAAUAGUGGUUAUGAAUCUGGUUGGACUAAUUACUUAGACCACUCUAUUCUGUCUGCAAAUCCUUCAAGCAAUGAUUUCAAAGAUAGCAAUGAUAGAGGUAAUAAAGAAGAGGUCGUUGAAGAAGAAGAAGAAGAAGACCUUUCCAUGAUUUCUGAUGCAUCUUCUGGACCUCCACCACAUUUCUUCUAUGAAAUUAAUGGCUGCUUCAAUGAUGAUGAUGAUCAUGAUGAUGACCAGUAUCAUUAUCCCUUACCCCAAGUUGCUGCAUUGGAUAAAAAUGGUGCUAAACAACAAGUACCGCCUUCUUGUCUUGAUGAUACUGCCACCAGCUCUCCUCUUAUAAAUUUCUUCAAGACCUAUGAUGAAGUUUCAAUGGAGAGUAUAUUUGAUUAUCCCCUACAGGGAUUAUCUGCAACACACUUAAUGGGAGGGUCUACAUUCCGUGACCACUGUGGUUUUUAUCAGUAUUCUCCAUAUGGAAACCAGCUACAAACUAACCACUGGUUCUAAGGAAAAUGAUCAAUGGAGUUGAACUCUUUAUAUCAAAUGUCAGAUCUCAAGGGAGAUAUUGUUCCUUUUAUUCUUCAUUUUUAUUUGGAUUUGCCUUUGUAUCAGCCAUUGCAAUGGAAAAACCAACCUUAGAGCAACAUUUGGAAAAUAAAUUUCUUCUUCUUUUUUUUACUCAUCUUGUCCUGAUCAUUGUGGGUUAAGCCUCAAGUUUUGUUUCCUUGUAAUAAAAAAAAGUUAAAUUCUACUAUUAGUCCAUGUACUUUACGAAUGUUGUUGAUUUAGUCUUUGUAUUUUAAUUUGAUCAAUUUUAAUUCUUGUCCUUUUCGAA